GUGUCCCCUGCCCGCAGUCUCCCAGCUUUGCCUUGCACCAGGAAUUACAAUGAAUUUUGCAGCACAGUUUCUGUACUCCAGGGUGUUAAAAAACAGAAGUCCCAGAGAGCGCUCCAGGGAAGAUGAAGACUACGAUCCUUUCUGGCAAAGGUUGGAGAACAUUGCUGUCUGACUUAGAGCUAGAGUGCUCCUUUUUCCCUCUCAGGGGUCAUGGUCAGCUCUCGGGGUCCACCCAGGGCCAGGCCCACGGACAUGACAACCCCUGGACCCCUCCUGCCUCCUUAUGGUGUCGUAGUUGGAGUUUUGCUUCACCUCGUUGUUUAUUUAGUCGCUGUGCUGUAUAGUUAUGCUGAGCAGCUGUUCUUGGAAAAGGAUGACAAUAAAAUAAAGAAACAAGAUGCCCCAUCACUUUGUGAUCUUCACUGUUGUAAGGACGGGCCAAUAAGAAAUGGCCUUAUUGGGCAGAAGCCACCCCCUAUCAACCCUGAGAGACUGAAAGACUUUGGUGAGGAGGAUUACCUGAAUGGGGAUGUGAAGACCUGGGGAAUGAAGAUAGUGAGCCGUAAUGAGGAGUUACUUAGAGAUGCCCUUUCCUGCAUCCCUCAGUCAAGCAGUAGGACCAGCCUGUCAAGCUGUAACAAGCUGAUUCGAUUUGAAGAUAUUAGUGCAGCAGCUUUCAAAAUCCAGUGUGGAAUUCAGAAAACCCCUUGCAUGUAUUCUAGGCUAUCCAAGCAGUAUGGAAUGGACAUCUACCUAAAGAAAGAGUUCCUUCAGUACACAGGAUCCGUGAAGGAGCGAGGUGUAUGUUACCUUCUGACAUCAUUGCCUCAGGAUCAGCAAAGAAAAGGGGUGAUUGUGGCUUCGGACAGCAACUUCUCCAUGGCUGUUGCUUACCACGCCUCAGAGCUCCGUAUUCCAGUAUUUGUCAUCAUGUCAACCAGCACGUCCCCGGCCAGGGUGAAAAUGUGCCGUGAAUAUGGUGCCAUGGUUAUAUCCUAUGGUGCUACAGCAAAGGAUUCCCAGAUGCAUGCAAGAAGGCUGGCGCAGGAGAAUGGUUACCUCUACCUUGAAGAGGAGGAUAGUGCUGUCUACCUGUCAGGCCUGGGAACUGUGGGGCUGGAGGUGUACGAGCAGGUGCCAAAGCUGGAUGCAGUGAUUUUCCCGGCAGGAGGCCACUGUGGCUUGCUGGCAGGGUCAGCUGCUGCACUCAAACACCUAAACCCACAUAUUGCUAUAAUUGGGGUUGAAUCUGAAAGUUUUCCUGUAUUGCAACAGUCCUUAAAAGCUGGCCACCCAACUGAAGACCAGGCUUGCAGCAAUCAUCACUUUUAUGGUGGUAAGAAAACAGAUUAUUCUUUUGGAGAUGUGAGUGGACUUUGCUUUGGCAGCAAUUCUUUGCAGCUGACUGGGAAACUAGUGGAUAAAGUUGUUGCUGUGAGGGAGGAGAACAUCCUCAUUUCGAUGCUGAGAUUGCUGGAGUAUGAGCGAGCCACAGUUGAUGCAGAAGGGGCCAUUGGACUUGCAGCGGUGGUUGCAGGGAAGCUGCCUGAGUUGAAGGGUAAAAGAGUGGCAAUUGUUCUAUGCAGUGGAAACUUGGAGCUACAUUUGAUGCAAGAGUGCAUAGGUCGUGCCCUGGCCCUCGAUAACAGAGUGUGCAGAUUUUCUUUUGUGCUUUCUGACUGCCCAGGAGACAUCUCAAAGCUACUGGAGAUUUUGGCUCGGGAAGAAGCAAGAGUUUUGGAUAUCAAACAAGAACGUGUGUUUGUGACAUCUGAGCUCUUCACUGUUGAGGUCAUCUGCACUGUGGAGACCAGAGACAAGAUCCACACAGCCCAGCUGAGGAACGCGCUCCUGGAACGCUACCCCACAGCCACCUUGACGGAGCGGUGAUAGGCACAGCACAAGGGAAAAGGCUGAGGUCUUCUGACACGUGUUUUACACAGCCCUAACCUUGGGGCAUUCAGAAUGAAUAUUAUCUUUCAAAGCAGAACAAUUAGCUAAUAGUUUCAGGAUACUUAUUUCCUGCUCAAAAUGUAGUGAAUGUCCUUGGGAAUAAAGUUAAACACAAAACUUUAGCUUAGUUAAGGGAAACUUCAUAGUCUCUGCUGGUGUUGGAGUUCAAUAAUUCAUUAUCAGCUGGCUGUCUGCAUUUGGCUAGUGUAUAGAAUCCAAUGACGCUCAAUAAAUAAACAGGGAGAAGGCAUUUUUCUUUACACCUGAAUAUAGACAUCUCAAAGGUUUUUGGGCUUGAUGCCCCUCGCUACAGUAAUGCAGCUCCUUCUACUGUUUUUUGCCAUAUUACUAGGGUAGUAAUUCUCCAUUUCCAAGCCAGAAGCAGUUGUCCAUUUGCUGCACCUGUUUCAGGAGAUGUAUACGUGGGGGGGGGGGCGUUCCACACGCCCCUGUUUGUGUAAGAUUUUAGGUAUCCUGUGAGGAAAAAUUAUGCUAAUAAAAUGCAAUUUUUAGAAACAAAACAAUAAAAAAAGCAAAAAGAAAAAGCCAAACCCCAAAGCCACCCUCGGAAGGUAAAAGCCAAUAAUGUAAAAAAAAAAAAAACAGAACAAAACGAAAGAUUUUUUUCGCCAGGAAAAACAAUCCUGUUAUAAAGUGGAGUUGAAAAAAAAUGUUGCAGCAAUAAACCCCACCAUAUUCUGACUAUAACUAGACCUCAUAUGCAGAACAUGAAUGUAAUUCUUCCCUCUGCUUUCAGAGACUCAGUAUAAAAAGUAGCACAUAAAAUGGCUUAUGUUCCUUUUUAAAAAGGGUCUCUCCACCCAUGUGAAUUUUUUAAUUAGCAUUGCACUGAUCAUCUUAGUCUGCCUAAAACAGACUCUAUCCAUCUCACCUGACAGAUUAAGUACACUGUUAGGAGUGAAAUAUAUUUAAAGACCACAUGUUAAUAGCCAAAGGCAGUGCCGGGAGAAGAGGAAGCCCAAGUCUUAGGCACAUGGCUAAUGCAAUUAACAAAGAACACAUUGACCUAAAUACUAUUUCCAUCACUAAAGGCAGAAGCCAGCUGAUAAAGGUAACAUAGUGGGAUGGCAAGAAAUGUAAGAGAAAUUCAGGCCCACUUCUAAGUGUUCAUACAACAGUCGCCUCUCCACUUGGGUUAAAUUUGAUUUAAGGUCGGCUGCAACAGGGUUGAUAUAUACCAUUCCACUUGAUUAAAUUUAACCAGGUUUGACCCAGAUUUGAGAUUUAGGUAUUUUAAUGAGAGGUCUUAAUCCUGCCUCUAACACAGCAAGUUGAUAAUUAAGUAUAAAAAAAUAGAUAUGAUGUACUUAGCAGUGCCCUAGCAGAACCCAGGACAACAUCCAACAAGGUCAGAGUAAAUAUCUCCAUGGGCUGCGUGGGAUCAAAUCAUUCCACUUCCCACGUGCAGAGCUGGGUGAACUGUUGCUGGGUGUCCAUGAAAACCAACUUUUCAUAUAGCUUUUUGUGGAGAAAGAUGCUGUAAGCCCACAGUGACGUUCUCUUGUUAUCAUAUUAUGAUCUAGAAAUUGAGUUUCCAGUUUUAGCCCUCCUUGUCAGCUAGGAAGGGGCUCGCUACCACUUUUCCUUCCCUAGUUCUGCAGUGGGAAACUUCUGUCUCUAAAGCACAAUCAAGAAGUCACAUGUGGCAGAGGAGAUGCCCUGGGUUGGGCAAAAGCUUUUUCUGCCCUCUCUUAACUCUAGUCCAUCAGUAAGCUAGGAAGAACAUCAUCUGGACAGACAGAGAAACUAAACAAAGGGUCCCUAUAGACUAAAAAGAAUGAACUGCAUAUUCAAUCUUAUGCAGAUCUCAUCUGUAUCGUAUCUACUACUUCUGGAUAUACAGCUAUAUCUACAACUUAACUUGUGCCUGCAAGGUAGGAUGAAGAGGGCAACAUUCGGGCUGUCUCUGCAGUAUUUUUUCUGGGAAAUAUUCUGUUCCUUCUUAUUGUGGUUCAUGAAGGAGCACUAAUAGAGCAGAGACUCUCACAAAUGGUGGGCAAAUAACAGAAUUUCACUGACUUGCUCUGAUUUUUGAAAGACCAUGUUGGUUUGCACAUGGAACUAAAAAUUAUUGAUGCCCCAAUGGGUCAUUUCUUUCCCUUCUUGCAACCCAGAACGUGGAGUAAGUAGACGGUUUGGUCUCCUGUUAGUCACAGCCUGUCAGACACAACUUCUUUCUGCAUGAUCAGACAAGUUUAAGAAAUCUGUAUAGAAAUAUGUGAUGACAGACUCCGUAAUGAGUACCUGCUACUUCCAUUGAAACAAGCCAUGAACCACAUCAUCGAAGUGCAGAUCUGGGGAUGUAAAACCACUGUAAAUAAGAGUUUAAUUAUCCACUCAUCUCCUUUGGCAAAACUCUCAGGAAAUUUUGAGGAUGUCUCAGGUAUGUAUGUGAGAAGAAAACAGGACUUCAUAACUGAAGUGCUCAGUAGUGGCCAACAGCUUCUGCUGUCCGAGUCCUCGGUUUGUUGUCCUGCAUUAUCCUGGACUUUAUUUUUUGAGAAGCUCAGAGUAUUAACAACUUCUUUUCUAACUAGUGGGAACUUCAUUUAGCAAGUCUUCACAAAACUGUGGCAAGAGAAGUAGUGGAUGGAUUAACCAACAAUCCAUGGACUCAAAAUCACUGUAUGAUAUUGCAAAUGUGUUUUGCGAGGAAAGAGAAAAAAAAAGUGAUGUCUAAGAUACUUAAAAUGUCAAAUGUGAUAUAUGCAGUUUGGGUUUAUUUUUAUUGUGUUAUAAACAUAAAUUGUAAAUCACUCUUCAGUGCUAAACACUUUACGUGUGAAUAUAAUGAUACCCGAGUGAUUUUCCAUAUAUUGCUUUUAGCCCAUUUGCUUUAAAGCUAAGAUGAAAAACUUCCAAAGGAGGUUGGGGGAAACAAAAAUUAAACUUUUAAAUGAAUGUAUGUGAUUGGAAAUAAUACUGAAAUAUCUGUGCUGCUAACUUUUUCACAUCAUGAAAUAUGAUAGGACUAUGGCAUUUUGAAGAUCUACUAAUGUGGUUUUAAAUGUUUCAUUUAAAGAAGUAUUUUUAUAUGAAGUGUUUUACAAACCUUGAAAAAAAUAACUUUAAUGAUUAUGUAAAAAAUGUCACAGACUGUUAAAUCAGCAAAAUGUAAAUCUAAACAUUGUGUUUACUGAAAAAUAAUUAAAAUUAUGCUAUGCCACCUCAACCAUGAAAGAUUUGUCAUUCUGUCAUAGAGUGCUGAUAGCAGCAUCGUAUUAAAAAUUCAGAGUUCAUUUUUUUCUGUUGUUUGCCAUUGACACAAAAGCUGCAUUGUUCACGCACAGUGAGCUCUGGGCUGAUGGGGGGAGGGA